GUGGAGGAAGAGGCCGCCUAAACUUUUAGGUUAGAAAAAAAUUCCAGCCCAUUAAAGAAAACCCUAGAGCUGUCACCCAUCACCCCUCACGAAGAGACUCGUAGAGAGGUCAGGGUCGAGGCCACCACCGCCGGGUACGUUGAUGUAGCGAGAGUUUCCGGUAAUAGAGACGCCGCCGAGAGAGGUGCUGCCGUCGUGAGGUUUGUCCGCUUGUUCUCCCUCACCACUGAGAGGGAUUGAAUCGCAAGGCCGCGAGAGAAGCACCGCCGCGAGCCCACUCGUUUUUCUAUAGCUACAGUGAUCAACAACAAUGGCGGGGAAACUGGCAAAGGCAGCUUAUGAUGCAAAGAUGUUGAAGCUUCUGAGAGAGUACAGUCAGGUGCUGGUGGUUUCAUCUGACAAUGUGGGUUCAAAUCAGCUUCAGGGCAUACGAAGGGGACUCCAUGCUGAUUCAGUUGUGGUGAUGGGAAAGAACUCCCUGAUGAAACGCUCUAUCAUCUUGGAUGCUCAGAAGACUGGCAACAAGGCCUUCCUUAACCUUGUCCCCCUUCUUGUGGGAAAUGUGGCAUUAAUUUUCACCAAAGGCGACAUAAGGGAGGUCAGCGAACAGAUUGCCAAGUACAAGGUUGUUCAACCUAUUCUAAUGUGUCCCAAGUAUAUGUCACAUGACACAUACCAGAAUUGUUCCUAUAUGCAAUCCGGGCAGUUACCUUUGGGCCUUACAUGUUGUAAUCAGCAGCAGUCUUCGCAGGUUUCUGAGCCUUUUCUUGUAUGCUCAAAAUUCCAGCCACACCAACAUUGUUUCAUGAUGAGAUCAAGGCAGUUCUUGAUGACAAGUAUAUGGUCUCCUUUUCUCCUUUUGGCUGGCAACUUGUGACAUCGAAGUAUUUUGAUUAGGAUCACAUGGUUUGUAUUACUCCUUCCUUUUUGUGCUGUUGGCUUUCAAACUCUAUUUAGUUCUCCCCUUUCAGGGGAUGAUGGAAAAUGAAAUGAUUUUGAUCAGGGUUUCAAUUUGAUCA